AUGUGCCUCUGUCGUCUGCUCACGCUGCUGACGGCUUCCGCUUUUUAACCUAGGCCUGUGUAUGGCUUCCGAAUACUGCUGCCUCCACCGCCACCCUGCGCCAUGUGCCUCUGUCGUCUGCUCACGCUGCUGACGGCUUCCGCUUUUUAAACUAGUCCUGUGUAUGUCUUCCGAAUACUGCUGCCACCACCGCCACCCUGCGCCAUGUGCCACUUUCGGGUCUCCUCACACUGCUGCCAGGUCCAGAGUGUGUCAUGGGUCCCUGUACGGCCUCCCAUUGCUGCUGACUUCAUCGCCAGACUCUGCCAUGUGCCACUUUCAGGUCUCCUUACACUGUUGGUGGGUUCCAUUUUGUGAUAGGGUGCUG